CAGCAGUCGCCCUUCCAGCGCUUUCCUCCUCCACCUCAGGAGCUGUCUCAAGACUCCUUCAGCUCUCAGUCUUCAGCUCCUUCUUCCAAUCAGCCCAUGGUGAAGGGAGGUCCAGAGGAGACCAUGCAGGGACGACCUUCCAGCCUACCUGAUCUGUCGGGUCCAUCGAUGACCUCCCCACAGGCACGGAGGGGGCUCUGAGUCCGGGCGUCAGCACGUCAGGAGUGUCCAGCAGUCAGGGGGAGCAGAGUAACCCGGCGCAGUCGCCCUUCUCGCCCCACACCUCCCCUCACCUGCCCGGGAUCCGCGGCCCGUCCCCCUCACCUGUGGGCUCGCCCGCCAGCGGCCCGGCCUCGCGCACGGGACCCCUCUCACCCGGAGCCAUGCCUGGAACCCAGAUGCCCCCCAGACCCUCGAGUGUCCAGUCGGAUGGUAUGUUACAUUCCUCCAUGGGUCAGGAUAGAGUAUACAUGAGGAACCCCCAGAUGCCUUACGGCUCUCCUCAACCCGGGUCAACUUUAUCCCCACGGCAGUCAUCUGGAAGCCAAAUGCAUAGCGGGAUGGGUUCCUUCCCGCAAAACAACUCCAUGGGCAACUUUGGGCCACAGGGUGGCCAGUACGGACCGCAAGGUUACCCGAGGCCUCAGGGUUACGGAGGCAUGCCAAACGCUAACUAUCCGGGUGGUCCUGGCAUGGGCGGCUCCAUGAACCCUAUGGCAGGGCAGGGUGGAGGGGGGCCGUAUGGAGGGAUGCCCCCGGGACGCAUGGUUCCGGGGCAGAUGGGUACGAGGCCGUACGGCCCUGGCAUGGGCCCCAACAUGGGCGGCAUGCCUCCUCAGGUGGCGUCAGGAAUGUGUCCGCCGCCAGGGAUGAACAGAAAGCCUCAGGAUCCCGCAGCAGCAGCGGGGAUGCACCAUGUCCCAUCCAACUCCAUACACAGACCGCCUGGAUAUCCCAACAUCAACCAGGGAAUGAUGGGAGCCGGGUCUCCGUAUGCCCCGCCCAUGAACAGCAUGCAGGGUAUGAUGAAUCAAGCGGGACCGUACCCCAUGCCCGGAAACAUCUCCAACAACUCAGCCGGCAUGGCUCCCAGUCCAGAGUUUGGCAUGGACAAGCUCAACCAAUCUCAGAAGUUGAAUAACAAAGUGGAUGGGACGCCUAAGACAGAAUCGAAAAAGAAGUCCAGUUCCUCUACCACCACUAAUGAGAAGAUAACCCGUCUGUACGAGCUGGGCCCAGAACCCGAGCGCAAAAUGUGGGUGGAUCGUUACCUUGCGUUUGCUGAGGAGAAAGCCAUGGGCAUGAACAAUCUCCCCGCGGUGGGCCGCAAGCCCCUCGACCUCUUCCGCCUCUACGUGUCCGUCAAAGAGAUUGGCGGCCUCACUCAGGUGAACAAGAAUAAGAAGUGGAGGGAGAUCGCCACUAACCUGAAUGUGGGCACAUCCAGUAGUGCUGCCAGCUCUCUGAAGAAGCAGUACAUCCAGUGUCUGUACGCCUUCGAGUGCAAGAUCGAGCGAGGGGAAGACCCGCCGCCCGACAUCUUCAACAAUGACCCUAAAAAGAACCAGGCCAAGGUCCAGCCUCCCUCACCAGCUGGAUCCGGAUCAUUACAGGGUCCUCAGACGCCUCAGUCGACCAGCAGUUCUAUGGCAGAGGGUGGAGACCUGAAGCCCCCUACACCUGCCUCAACACCGCACAGUCAGAUGCCACCCAUGCCUGGUGCUAGGAGCAGUGUGAAUUUGCAGGACCCGUUUGCUGACGGUGGGGAUCCAGCUUUUUCCAGACGAAACUCUGUGACCCCCAAUUCAGGUUAUCAGCCUGGUAUGGGUGGACCAGAUAUGAUGGGCCGCAUGGGCCCUUACGAGCCCAAUAAGGACCCGUUCGGUGGUAUGAGAAAAGCAGGUGAGCAGUUCAUGAGCCCAGGUCAAGGCCCAAACAGUGGCAUAGCUGAACAAUAUAACCGAGGCCCCCCAGGACCUAUGGGAAAUAUGCCGAUGGGUCAAAGACAACAGUACCCAUAUGGUCCAGGAUAUGAGAGAAGACCAGAUUCAAGUAUGGGCCCAGAUGGCAGUAUGGGUCCACAGCCUAACAUGAUGCCUUCAGAUGCAGGGAUGUACUCACCCAACCGGCCCCCACAGCAACAGAGGCUUGAUUCUUACAGUAAUCAAUACCCUGGCCAAGGUGCUCCCCCUAGUGGACCAUACCCAAACCAACAGCCAGGAAUGUACCCACAACAGCAACCGAAUUUCACACAGAAGAGACCAGUUGAUGGUGUUUACGGUCCUCCUGCAAAGCGUCAUGAAGGGGAAAUGUACACUUUCAGUGGUCAGCAGCCGGGACCCCAGGCCCCAGGUGGACCUCAGUCCCAGCCUGAUAUGUAUAACCAGUAUAAUGCCUAUCCAGGCUCCGACAGACGCCCUCCGGGCCCACAGAGCCAGUUUCCUUUUGGUUUUGGGAGAGAUCGAGUACCUAACGUGGGUGGUCCAAACUCCCAGCCCUCCAUGCCACCACAGAUGAUGGGUAGCUCCAUGAGUGGCUCCAUGCCUUCAGUCCCCGAUGGACCUCAAGGUCCCAUGUGGCCUGGGCGUAAUGAGAUGAACUACCCAAACUAUCACAAUCGCCAGGGACCCCCUGGUGUCCCAUCCCAAAGUCAAGGCUACCAUGGCAUGAAUCGUUCUGAAGACAUGAUGCCUUCAGAUCAGCGCAUGAACCACGAGGGACCUUGGGCUGGCCAUGUUAACCAGCGGCAGCCCCAGUACGGGCCUGGAGCUUCUGGGCCACCAAUGUCCAGACCUCUUCAGUCCAACUAUCAGUCCUCCCAGAACCACAUUCCACAAGUGUCCAGCCCUGCACCCAUGCCAAGACCAAUGGAGAACAGGACCUCACCCAGUAAGUCUCCAUACAUGCACACAGGGAUGAAAAUCCAGAAGGCUGGACCUCCAGUUCCUGCAUCACACAUUGCCCAGCCACCAGUGCAGCCCCCUCUGAUUCGGAGAGAUGUGGCAUUCCCACCAGGUUCAACAGAGGCCACGCAGCCCAUUCUGAAACCACGUCGUCGGCUUACCAUGAAGGAUAUUGGAACACCAGAGGCCUGGCGGGUCAUGAUGUCCCUCAAAUCAGGCUUGUUAGCCGAGAGCACUUGGGCUUUGGAUACCAUUAAUAUUCUUUUGUAUGAUGACAACAGCAUUUCUAACUUUAAUCUGAACCAGCUUCCUGGCUUCCUUGAGCUCAUUGUUGAGUAUUUCCGAAGGUGCCUCAUCGAGAUCUUUGGCAUCUUGAAAGAGUAUGAGGUUGGCGACCCUGGGCAGCGUACACUAAUUGACCCAGAUGCCAUUGACCCCGAGAUGUCUGAUGAGGAAGGGCCAGAGGCAGAGCAGAUGGAAGAGGAGGACGAGGAUUCCGAUGAAGACAUAGAGAGCAACACGGUGCAGACGUCACAGGUCCAGGUCAAGCAAGAGAAAGAGGAGUCUACGCAGGUCCAAAAGUCCAAUGACAAGAAUGAGGUAGAAGAGAGGGAAGGUGAGGAUAAUUCUUGCAAAGAUCGUUUCCGAUCAUCCACCCCAUUGCAGGACAACAGUGCCUCCCAGGAGAAGCCAAAGCAGGCUAGUAAAUUUGACAAGCUUCCCAUCAAGAUAUUGAGGAAAAAAGACCUGUUUGUGAUUGGGCGCGCUAGUAAAUUGGGUCGGCGACAAACCUUUGAUAGCGGUCUUAUCCAUUGGAGUGUAGGUGGUGGCGACACCACAGAGCACAUACAAACCCAUUUUGAGAGCAGGAUGGAGCUCUUGAAGCAUCGGAAAUUGGUGCCAGUAAAUGUCGAGCCACGCAAGAAGGUGUCUCAGGUAAUGGAGACUGUUACGGAGGAUGCUGAGAAGCCUCAGACAAACAAAGAGCAUCAGCAAGUACAACCUCAGCCAUCCCCAGACCAACCAUUGUCUGAAGGUAAAAGCACUACAAUAGCAAGCACGUCGACGAGUAUAACGGCCACCAUCGAUGAUGUACUCUUGGCUCGGCAAGGCUCUGUGACGGAGGAAGCGGUCCGAGGCAACCAAGACGGCGACAAGGAGAAGAAUACGUUUCUCUUUGGCAUCGACCUUGCGCUACAGAGUCGCAAUAUCAAGAUCUUGGAGGACGAGCCGCACAGCAAAGACGAGACCCCGCUCUGUAUGUUCUCGGAUUGGCAGGACUCUCUCGCUCGCCGCUGCAUCUGCGUCUCCAACAUCAUUCGCAGCCUUUCCUUCAUUCCUGGCAAUGAUCUGGAGAUGUCGAAGCAUCCAGGACUUUUGCUGUUACUUGGCCGGCUGGUGCUGUUGCACCACUGGCAUCCUGAACGCAAGCAGGCCCCGGUUACUUAUGAGAAAGAGGAAGAGGAAGACGAAGGGGUCAGCUGCGAGCGAGACGAGUGGUGGUGGGACUGUCUCGAAGUUCUGCGGGAAAACUGCUUGGUCACGUUAGCGAACAUCUCAGGCCAGCUGGACCUGUCCAUCUACCCUGAAAGUAUUUGCCUGCCGCUGCUGGACGGCCUGCUCCACUGGGCCGUGUGCCCUUCGGCGGAAGCUGUCGACCCUUUCCCCACGUUGGGGCUCAACGGGACACUGUCUCCCCAGAGACUUGUCCUGGAAACCCUCAGCAAGCUUAGCAUCCAGGAUAACAAUGUUGACCUCAUUCUGGCUACACCGCCUUUCAGCCGCCUUGAGAAGCUCUACGGCUUCCUCGUGCGCAUGGUUGGCGACCGCAAAGUGCCGGUCUGCCGGGAGAUGGCGGUGGUGCUGCUAGCCAACCUGGCGCAAGGCGACAGCGUCACAGCCCGGGCUAUUGCUGUGCAGAAAGGCAGUGUUGGAAACCUACUUGGCUUCUUGGAGGACAGUCUUGCAGCCACCCAGUUCCAACAGAGUCAGGGCUCGUUGAUGCACUUACAGGGUGCACACUUCGAGCCCACUAGUGUGGACAUGAUGCGGCGGGCGGCACGUGCCCUGCAUGCUCUUGCCAAAGUGGAAGAGAACCACUCGGAGUUCAGGCUGUACGAGUCACGGCUACUGGACAUAUCGGUGUCCCCGCUCAUGAACUCUUUGGUGUCCCAUGUAAUCUGUGACGUACUUUUUCUGAUCGGCAAGUCAUGACAGCCGUGGGGGCGAUCAUGUUUUUCCCCACUCGUUUUUUUUAAUGUGUGUGUGUCUGAGUGAGUGGAGAAAAUUUAACAGCGAAACUGAUGGACUGUAUGUUCAUUUUUUUUAAUUUAUGCAAAAUCACCUCAGAUUCCACUGUUUGUCCUUGUCUCUACCCUUGCUUUGCUCUCAAGGACGGAUAGAAGUCGCGACGGAUUUAACACGUAUGGAUAUGAAUUUGAGAUCCUCGCCUGUAAGAGUGCGCUGCCCUUUGGACUUUUUUUGUAAGGAAAAAUAAUGACAAAAAGACAAAAAAACAACAAAACUGUAACCAAAGUUGCUGUCACGUUUACAGUGAGUUUGGGGAAUAAAUGUGCCCGUGUUCACCUUCCGGGUGAGGACGGGCACGGAGACGACCAUUAUCUGGUUCUUGAGGCUAAAUGGACUCUCAGACUCUGGUGUGUGGUAUAAAUUGCUGUAACUUGGAUUAUAUAUAUACUUAGCCCUAAAGGAACCAGGUUGUUGGCUGUGAACAGACAUGUAAAUGGGAGGCCUGUGCAGUAGAUUGUAGGACUUUUUUUCUGUACUGUACACCUUAAAACUGUAAACAUACUGUAACAAUACUGUUUCACACUGAGAUAAUGCUGGCUUGGCAGCGAAAAAACUGUAGUUUUUAAAAAUGAUGAUUUUAGUUCAUGUUGAGAGAGGAAAAAAUGGCUUUCCCCCCAAAGUAACGUGAACCUACAACACCCCGACCUCUUCUUUGUCCCUCGAUUGUAUGACUUGACCCUUAAAGAAAUCACCUCUUAGGACUGGUCUUGAGCUCUAGAUGCAGUCCAGGCUGCAGUGUAUAUAAUGAUGUUGUAAAUUACACUUUGCUCUUUUUCUUUCUCUCUCAUCUUAUGGCGCUCUUCACCGUUUUUAAUCUUUGACGAAUUAAAGGUUUCACUCUACAGAUCUCUCA